GAGAGAGAGGGAGGUCGUAGUAGCUUAGACAGUGGAGUCGUUCGACCACUUACGUCACCGAUGGAGUGGAGUCGUCGGUUUUUGUCCGAUUCUAAGUCAACGUACGCCAACGUCGGGGCAGGGAAAACAGGUUUUGCGCCACUUUUAUUAUAACAACAAUUGCGGAUACUGUAAUACUCUCGCGCACUUGAAGAUGGCACUCCAAAGGAAUCUAUGGAAAACAAUUUACAGUUACAAACGCUGUUUCAAACGUAAAUCCCCUCCCUCCAGGCCCGCAACACUCACUCAUACACACGGAAACGCACAAUCUCCGGCUCCGAGUAAAAUGGGACGCGAUGUUCGCAAUUCAAACAAAAAACACGUUUUUUCUCUGUGUUGCUGUUUAGUGUGUGGAGGAUUUGCCUUUUGCGCGAUCUUAUCACGCAGCCUCGCGAGCCGCAAGGGUGAAGAAGAUCGCGGUCGGUUCGCGGUCGAUCGGUAAAGCCGGGCGUGUGCGGGCGCGCUGGCUCGAUGAUCGGCAAAACUUGCGCAGUAGUGUAUUGACCGGUGCGUUUGACGGAUCGAUCACGAUGAUGGCAAGCUUCUCGUCCCCGCUGGUGGCAACAAUCGCCGGAACCGUUGCGACCGUACUGCUGCUGGCGGUGAUGCAGCACCCGUCCGUCGGGGCGCAGGAGCUGUUUGCCUUUCCGGCGGAUGUAGUGGUUAGCCCGAACUUGGAAAAUGCCCGUAAUCGCACACCCGUCUAUAUACCGGGCAAGUGUAGCACGAACGAAAUUCUCUACCCCGGCGAUCACGACAGUGAUUGGGUGUGUGACUGCCGUCCAGGAUACGUGUACUCCCCACCGCAGGACAGCUGCUAUCCACUGUUCCAGCAGGGCUUCUGUCAGCCGGGCGAGUACGUGGAUCUGGCCCGCCCGUCGAUGAUCGUCAAGUGUACGCGCAACGUGUGCACGGGCAGGAACGAGGUACCGUACCGGGAGCAGUGCGUAAAGCUGCACCAGAACAAUCGGCUGUGCAAGAUCGAGCGACGGGUCAGCUGGGUGAUUGGCGUCAACAUUACCACGCUCGAGCUGGACUGUAUCGCGGGCACGACCGACCUGCUCGAGAUCACGGUCAACAACCGCAACAUGGAGGAUGGGGACGAAACGGACGCGCCGGUUGCGAUGAAAAUCGUGCAGCCCGUCUACUUCAAGGAUGCCAAGCUGUGCCAGAAUGGCACCAAAUCCAUGUACAAUGGACGAUGCCCGUAAUCUCCCAAGGGCCUUGGAUUACGACCUCUACUGCCCAUUCGGAAAGGAGGGGGAGUGGGGGGUCCAUUCCUCUGUGUAUUAUCUGCAAAUAAAAAGGGCUUCCAGCUACUAGUGUGUUUCUAAA